GUUAUUAAGAGCCUGGUACACGUGCUGGUGGAGCCUGGUGGUGCCUUCACUAUGGGGGCCAGCAAGAAAACAGUGGAACUCUCGUUGAAACACCUGAAAGUCCCUAAUUUUGGCAAGAUUCCCCAAACCCAGAAUGAGGCUAUUCAGGCUCUGGCAGCUCCCCAUGUGGAGUCCUUUAACUUUUUAUUACAAGAAGGUUUGCAAGCUGUUGUCUCGAACAUUCCUCCAUUGGAAUUUGCCACAGAUAAUGGAAAUAGAAUUUCAUUGAAAAUUGCAAAUGUUGCAGUUGGCAGGCCAAGAUUGCCACCAGGAGCUGGGGAAACUGUAGAUUACAAUAUUUACCCCAAAGAGUGUAUUGAACGUGGAUGUUCUUAUACUGCACCCUUCGCUGUAAGCUUUGAGUGGACUCGGGAUAAGCAAGAGAUGUUGUCCUUCAGGCAAUCUCUUGGGGAUGUACCCAUAAUAGUCAGAUCAAAAAAGUGCAACUUGUACAACCUUAGUCCCAAGGAGCUGGUAAAGCAUGGGGAGUUGGUCAAUGAGACAGGUGGCUACUUCAUCAUCAACGGUGCUUGUCGUCUACUAAGGAUGUUAUCAUCAAACCGUAGAAACUACCCGCUUGCCAUGACGAGGGAAUCAUGGAAGAAAAGAAAUAUUAGUUACACAGAUAAGGGCGUCCUAAUACGCUGCGUGCAAGCUGAUCAGACAUCUGCAAUAAAUGUUCUUCACUACUUGACAACAGGAGAAGCAAAGUUGGAGUUUGCAGUGAAGCGGGAAUUGUUCUUUGUACCUCUUAUCAUGAUUCUAAAGGCUCUCAUGGACUACAGUGACCAGCAGAUUUACCAGCACCUCAUCCGUGGCCGUGAGAAUGACAUGUACUUUACAGAAAAAAUUAAGAACAUGAUGCGUGAUCUACAUGCAGAAGGGCUAUACACUCAAAAGGUGUGUAAAGAAUACAUUGGAAAUUCCUUCCGCCACAGGCUUACUGACAAUCUCCCGGAAUGGUAUACUGAUGUGGAAGUGUGUGAUUUUCUUUUACACCAAAAUGUGUUGAUUCAUCUCAAGACAAAUGCUGGGAAGUUCCACAUGAUCUGCAUGAUGGCGAGAAAACUGUACUCAUUUGUUAAUGGGGAAACCAAGGCAGAAUUUGUCGAUGCAUUUAGCAUGCAAGAGGUUGCUUUGGGAGGUCACACGUACUUGCAGUUGUUGAAGGAAAAGUUGACAGACUUACUUAUUUCUAUCAAGAUCCAGGUGAGGAUCAAGAACAGGAGAGAAGGCAGACUCUGGGUAGUGGAGGAUGCUGACAUCAGAAAAUUUGCUGGAGCAGGAAAAGGAAUGGGUAAUUUCUUGAAGACUUUCAUUGCUACUGGAACAUUGGCCUCAAAGACUGGAUGUGGCCUUAUGCAGAAAACAGGUUUGACUGUGGUUAUUGAACAUCUGAACAGAAUGCGAGACUUGUCUCAUCUACGUGCAAUACAUCGAGGUGCCUUCUUUGUGGAUAUGAAAACUAUUGAGCCCCGCAGGUUAACUGGAGAGGCUUGGGGUUUCAUCUGUCCUGUCCAUACUCCAGACGGAGCACCGUGUGGACUCUUGAACCAUUUGGCACAGAACUGUAUUGUUCUCAGUGACAUCCCAAAGAAUCCUAAAGCCCUAAGUGCAGCACUAACUAUGCUUGGUAUGACACCUAUUGACAUCAUUCCUCUGGCUCCAUAUGCUGAGUGCUUGGAGGUGAUACUGGAUGGGUGUUUAGUGGGCUAUAUCAGGAUGGAUGAGUCUGAGGAAUUUACACAAAAACUUCGAAUAAUGAAAUCUCAAGAAGAGAUAUGGAAAUAUACAGAAAUAGUACUUAUACCAAAACGAAAAUAUGGGGGGCAGUAUCCAGGUCUAUUUUUGGUGACAUCCAUAGCCAGAAUGAUGCGUCCUGUGAUUAACCUUACUACAUACUCAAUCGAAUACAUUGGAACUCUGGAACAACUUUACCUUAAUGUAGCCAUCACUCCAGAAGAUAUAGAGGAUGGGGUUCAUACACAUCUAGAAGUGGACAAGACAUCUUUAUUUAGCAACAUUGGCAAGUUGGUGCCAUUUUCAGACUGUAACCCAAAUCCUCGAAACAUGUACCAGUGUCAGAUGGGUAAACAGACUAUGGGUACUCCAUUCCACAACUGGAGGGCACAGACAACUGGGAAGGCAUACCGACUACAGUACCCACAAGUGCCACUCGUCAGAAACUCCCACUAUGAUGAUAUCAACAUGGAAGAAUUUUGCAUGGGGUUCAAUGCUGUUAUUGCCAUUAUCUCCUACACUGGUUUUGACAUGGAAGAUGCAAUGGUGCUAAAUAAGUGUUCAAUGGAGCGUGGGCUGGGACACGGCCAGAUCUACAAGACAGAAUUUAUAGACCUUUCAAUGCUUCAGGGGAAGGGCAAAGGACCAACAACUGAGAUAAGUUUUGUGUUCAGAAGGAACCCACAUGAGCCUGAACAGAAAUCAGUUUUAGAUAGCAAUGGCCUUCCGUACCCUGGCACACAGCUCACUGAAGGUGAUGCUUAUUACAGUGUUUUUGAUAUACGACAACGAAAAUUUCGUACCACGAAGUACAAGGGUGAAGAUUGUGUUGUGGAUAAGUACGCCAUCAUGGCAACCAGUAUGAAUACUGGGGAGUGUCAGCGUGCCAGUAUAACUAUAAGAAUCAAGAGGAACCCUAUUAUUGGAGACAAAUUUGCUAGUCGUAGUGGUCAGAAAGGCAUUAUGAGUCGGCUGUAUCCUGUUGAAGAUCUGCCUUUCUCUGAACGAGGCAUAAUGCCAGACAUUAUCUUCAAUCCUCAUGGAAUCCCCUCUCGUAUGACAGCAGGGAAGUUGAUAGAACUGGUUGCAGGCAAGUCAGCAGCUGAAUUUGGUAAAUCAUUUGACUCUACACCAUUUGAGUUUUCUGAUGAGAACCCUGCACAUGAGUACUUCGGCAAAAUAUUGGAGAAAGCUGGCUUCAAUUAUUAUGGCGAAGAUGUUCUGUAUAGCGGGGUAGACGGACGCAUGCUUGAAGUAGAAAUCUUUGAAGGUGUUAUAUACUACCAGCGUCUAAGACACAUGACGGCUGAUAAAUGGCAGGUACGAGCUACUGGUGCUGUAGACAUGGUAACACACCAGCCAGUGAAAGGGCGUAAAAGAGGAGGAGCAAUCAGGUUUGGUGAGAUGGAGCGGGACUGCCUCAUCUCUCACGGUGCUGCCUACACUCUAAAGGAUCGACUUCUUGACUGCUCUGACAUCUCUUUGGGAGGACCAAGCUGUGUACCACCUCUAACCGCAACAGAAGAAGCCAUGGCUGGUUAAAUUAGUGACGUCGCCAAUCAGGGAUGUUUGUUUCAGAAGAAGAGGAAUUUAUUUUCCAAUUGUAGCCUCAGAGAUGGAUGAUUAGGUUAACCAGUUGUGCGCGUGAUGAAAUUUAGGUUAGGUUAGAUUUUAUUGCAUUCUGUGUAGGAUGUAGAAGUAAAUGCCUUACAACAACUUAAUGCAUCAGUAGAGGUAUGGGGAACUGAGCAUAAAAAAGUAGAUGGCCUCGGCAUAGGUUUGUUUUAUCUCCUUGUAUUACACAUAUGAUUCAAAUAUGUAGCAAUUAUGGUCUAUUUUGUGUUUAUAUUUUUUUUAGGAAAAUCUUCGAUGUUAUUUACUUAGACUUUAGCAAAGCGUUUGACAGAGUACCGCAUCAGAGGCUUCUAGGAAAAGUUAGGCUCAUGGUAUCUUGGGGAACUUUUAAAUUGGAUAAAAUCAUGGCUCACCUAUAGAACACAGCAGGUCAGCGUAGAUGGUGUUAAUCUAAGUGGGGCUGUGUAACCAGUACGGUUCCCCAGGGGUCAGUACUAGGCCCACUCUUGUUCAUAAUCUACAUAAACGAUCUAGAAUCUAGAUACUGGGAUCAGCAGUGACGAUAAGCAAGUUUGCGGAUGACACUAAAAUAGAGCGGCAGAUUACCGUAUACUCCUGUCAUAAGUCAUGUACAUGUUUAUUCUUAGCGGCCAUUGCAUAAAUAUACAUGAUUGUCUGCUUAAUAUUUAUAAUUUAUUUAUUCACGAACAAUGAUGUAACUUAAAUAAAAGAAGAGGCAAUACCAUGUUGUACAGUACAUGAAAUAACAUAAAUAAGGGACUUAGGUGGUAGAUAAAUAUAAGUUAAGAAAACAUAAAGCAAGCGGGCAGGUAGACCUAAUCUUCAUGAUAUCCACAAAAAGUAGAAAGCAGUAAUAAAAAGGCUAAGUUUCAGCUUUUAGUCUUGAAUAUAUAUUACAUGUUUGAAUGUUCUGAUAAGAAUCUCACACGCACUAUAAUUUCUUUAAAUUUAAGACAGCAUACAGCUUGCUAACACUUCCUACUACGAUUGGCGAGAUAUACUUUAAACUUUGUGAUAGUUGACAACUGUAAUCAAGCUGGGUGGAAAAGUUAAGUGAAACCAGAGAAAAAAAAUGGGAGAAUACAUAUUCUAUUUGGUUUGUGUUGUAAAUAAAGGGAGAUACUGUACUGUAUAUCCAUCCCAUUUAGAUUGUUGCGAAAGAAACAUAUGCAGUAUAGCCCCAAGUAAUAAUACAUAAGCAUCCCAAUUUGGAAAAACAAUGUACAGUAUUGUAAUCUAAACCUACAACCCAGAAUGCAGCCACUGUACCCCACGUAGGUAUAAGCCCAGGCAACUGUACAUUAGUGAUAAAAUAAAUUAAAUUCCUACCUGGAUGUG